UUCAUCGGCUAGUCUCCCGUCAUACGCAACGAUUUUUCAGUAACCGAAGAGACAAUAAAAUAAACAUUUUGUAUUGACAUUAAAUUUCGAAUAACGGGAAUUUGUUGGAGUUUAAUUGCUAAUCCAUUCCGGUCAAGUAUCAACGUUUAUCCUUUUGUCACAGAUGAGCGGGCAUCAGCUGAAGUGCGAGAGCUCACCACAGAUAUCAGAGUCAAAAGAGCUUUUGUGAAAUCAUAACGUUCAAAUUGUUUACUAACUUCUCGGAAGUAUUUCAACUGCUGCUAUCAAUAGUCGUCAUAUCAAACAUUGAAGACCAUUCAAAUUGAGUUGCCUGCACGUCAUUUGGCUCGCCGUUCUUUUGUUCCUCCAAUUCAAAACAAACAAAAAAACAACUUCAAAGAAAAAACGAAAAACAAAAAAUAUCAAAAGUUUCAAUAGCUGAACAAAUGAUAAGUUACCUGCAUUUACGAUUGCCAUGGAUACAAAUUAGAAAUUUCCGUAUCUGCCCCAGCCGAAGUCGCAGAAAGAGACGGGAGGAAAAUGAUAUCACAGGAGACGAGUGUCGCCACCAGUAGCCACAGACGCAGCAGCAGCAGCAUCAAUAAUGGCAGCUAUACUCUCAGAUCUACAAAAAAUAAAAACAAAGCAAAAUUUUCAAGUAUCAGAAGACAUCGAAGUCGAAAGAAAAUUCGAAGAACAUUUCAAUGCACUCACCCGCCAUGUCCCCCUCAAAUGCGGCGAGCUGGGCCAUCCACUGCAGCUCAUUUGUCGUGCAUCCCAUCAAAGGCAAGUGAUGGCAAAAUUAUACAAAUAACUUCGAUAGUUAUGCGACAUCUGAAGACGGUGAUAUGUUACCUGAGCGAAUGGCGCUGGUCCACAGUUGCCAUGGGAAUUAUGCAGUCCAUAACCAUGGUGGUCGGUGUGUACACGACCAUCAACUCCACAACUAUUGCCGAGGCUAAUGCAACGGAGUUGGCUGAGGAAUAUGACAGUUCGAAUUUGAUUGUAUGCCUGCCGAACAACUCAACUGAUUGCAUUAAAUAUGUCAAUUCGACGAAUAAUGGCCUUAUUGCAUUGAAUGAAAGUAUCUAUCCGGCUCUAAAAGGUUUCCAUAACAAUUACGAUUAUCGUCUAAUUGCCCGCAUUAAUCCAUUUUGGUUGAAAUUUGAUCCGCCCACUGAAACCUAUUACCGGACAAUGGCAAUUCUUUAUAUGGUUAUAUUUGCGAUUGGCACCUUUGGUAAUGGUCUGGUCAUAUUUAUGUUUUUCAGAUGUAAAUCCUUGAGGACAUCACCAUAUAUGCUUGUCCUGAAUUUGGCCAUUAGUGAUUUUAUAAUUGUCUUUAAAUGUCCACUGGCAGCCCUCAAUAAUUAUAUGAAUGGUCCAGUAUUGGGUGAUUGGGGUUGUCGAAUUUAUGGAUUUGUUGGUGGCCUCAGUGGAACCGCCUCAAUUGGCAUGCUGACCAUUAUUGCCCUGGAUCGUUACAGUGUCGUCGUGAAUCCACUCAACCCGAAUCGCAGCAAUUACAUUACUCAAUACUAUACAUUUUUGAUAAUUUUCGUGUGGAUAUAUGCCCUGACAUUUUCAUCCAUGCCCAUGUUGGAUAUCGGCAUGUCCCGCUAUGUGCCGGAGGGUUAUUUCACCACCUGUUCCUUUGACUAUUUGGAUACAUCGACAAAGGCCCGCGUCUUUAUGUUUGUCUUUUUCGUGUGUGCCUGGCUGGUGCCGUUGUCGGUGAUUUGUUACUGCUAUUUUCAUAUCCUGAAAGUGGUGUUUACAGCCCGCGAUCUGCCCAGCAACAAGAAUAAGCAAAAUAUUGAAAUGCGUUUGGCGGUUGUUGUCCUUCUCGUCAUUAUGUUGUGGUUCAUUGCUUGGACGCCAUAUUCAAUUGUCGCCAUUUGUGGCAUUUUCGAACAGGAGCAAUAUCUGACACCGACUCGAGCUGGAAUACCGGCAAUUUUUUGCAAGACAGCAUCGUGUCUGAAUCCAUUCUUAUACACCAUAUCCCAUAAACGUUUUCGCCAGGAGUUGCUGAAACUGUUCUGCAAACGUAAGCGCAGCUUGCGUUACUCUCUGACGCGUUCCUCCUAUAUGACCAAGUCAUCGAGGAGGAAUCACAAUUUGGUUACAACCGCGGGCACCAGUUUUCGUGGUGGUGGUGGUGGUAGUUUAUAUCAGCAAAAACCAACGACGACAUUCAAGAGAAACAUAAGAUCAGCUUCAGCCUUUGGAGAUGGUCUGAUGCGUUCGGACGAACGCAAUAAUGCUAAAUAUGUAAGACCCCUCAACCGUUGUUCCAUGGUGGCGGAGCGUAGUAUUUCACGAACCAGUGACUAUAGUACAUCGUUGGCAAAUUCCAUUGUGGCUGGACGGGAGGGAAGCGGAGCAUUUGUCAUUGACAAGAAGCCAUCUGGAGGAUCGGAGGAAGAUGUUAUUUUCAUUGUAAGUGGUGGUCGUUCCUCGGUUCAGGAAUCACAGGCCACCCAGGUAUUCGUCAUCGGCACCGAUAGCGGCGAUGUAAAUUUGUCACAACGCAUAGUUAACUCACCACCGACAGCUUUGGAGACUAGUUUUUAGGUCAUAAAUUGCAAGAAAUGUGAAUUAAUUUAGUAACGAAAUAUUGAGAAUGCACUGUAAAAGAAGUCCUGCAGGUCUUCACCAGGAGUUAUGCAGGUCUCCUCUAUAAGACCUUGAUGUCUUCACUAGAAGACCUUGUUGUCUUCACUAGAAGUCCUUGAUGUAUUCACUAGAUGUCCCUAAUGUCUUCACUACGCGAGCUUGGGUUCUUCACUACAAGAGCUUGAGACCUUGUGAAGACCACAAGAAAGGUCUUCUAGUGAAGACCUCAUGGACAUGAACUUCUUGAAGUCCAAAAGGUACCAUGAGGUCUAUUUGUCAAGACCGUUUAGAAAAUCUCAUGGCCUUUUAGAGAAGACCGCAAUCUAUUUUACCGAAGAUUAGGGUCUGAAUUAAUUUAGUAUCGUAAAAUUGAAAAGAAGUCCUGCAGGUCUUCACCAGAAGUCAUGCAAGUCUUCUCUGUAAGACCUUGUUGUCUUCACUAGAAAUCCUUGAUGUCUUCACUAGAAGUCCUUGAUGUCUUCACUGCAAGACCUUGGGGUCUUCACUACAAAAGCUUGAGGUCUUCACUAUAAGACCUUAGGGUCUUCACAAAAAGACUUGUGAAGACCACAUGAAGAUUUGGAGGUCUUCACUAUGUCUUCGUUAGAAGACCUCAUGGACUUCUGCUGAAGAACUCAUGCUUACGGACUUCUUGUGAAGUCCAAAAAGUCUGCUACCGGAGACAACCAUGAGAUCUUAUUGUCAAAACCGUUUUGAGAAUCUCAUGGCCUUUUAGAGAAGACCGCAAACUUUUUUAGUGAAGAUUAGGGUCUGUAUUAAUUUAGUAUCGAAAAAUUAAAAAUGCACUCUAAAAGUAUUAUAUUUUGUAAAUUGUCGAUUUUAUACAACCGGAGAUAGGGAGGUAAACAACUAUUGCAUUAAAAAAAAAAACAAACAAGGAUAUCGCACAUUUAGGAUAGGGAACCCACAAAAAGCUUUGG